ACAAAUUGCAACUGCCUUUUACCUAAGUACAAGGCCUACUACAUCAAUUCAAGUUUUGGAAUCAGGCUUCUAAAUCUCGGUGGCUCCAAACGUGUUGAAACUAUUCCUAUACCGACAGUGUUGAAACCAUUCCUAUACCGACAGUGCUAAAAUAGGAAUGGCGGCCUUGUCGUUCAAAAGACGAGAAUUUCUCUUGGAUGGUCAGCCAUUUCGGAUCUUCAGUGGAGCGAUCCAUUACUUCCGGGUCGUGCCUGAGUACUGGCAGGACCGGCUAGAGAAGGCGAGGGCGUGCGGCCUCAACACUGUGGAGACCUACGUGCCCUGGAACCUACACGAACCAAAGCCUGGACAUUUUCAACAUGACGGCAUCCUUGACCUUCGCAAGUUCAUCAAAAUGGCGGCAGACUUGGGUUUGUUCGUCAUCUUUAGACCAGGGCCGUACAUCUGUUCUGAGUGGGACUUUGGGGGUCUCCCCUCGUGGCUGUUGGCUGACCCCCAAAUGAGGGUCAGGUCAAACUACCCUGGGUACCAACGGGCAGUAGAAAGGUACUUUGGCUGGCUGCUGCCCCACAUUGCUGACCUGCAGUACUCACGCGGCGGACCAAUCAUCGCUGUCCAGGUUGAAAACGAGUACGGCUCGUUCAGCGAUGACCCCGCCCAUCUCGAGUUCAUCAAGGACAUCCUGCUGACCAAUCAGAUCACAGAGCUUCUCGUCACUUCCGACAACGAGUCAGCUUCCAAAACCGCGCCAUUCCUAAACGGCGUACUUCCCACAGCUAACGGCCAAACGGUUGAAGAGGUCAAGGCCAGUUUCGAUAGGAUAGCAGAGACCAGCCCCGAGUACCCGCUGAUGGUGAUGGAGUUUUGGACGGGCUGGUUCGACCACUGGGGGUACCCCCACGAGACCAGGGGCGUGGAUGUGGUGGAGAGGACCCUCCGCUACGUCCUACAGCACGACGCCAGCGUCAACUUCUACAUGUUCCACGGCGGCACCAACUUCGGCUUCACGGCAGGGGCCUUAAAUCUGUCCAGGUACAAGCCUGACGUCACCAGCUACGACUAUGACGCGCCUCUGUCCGAGGAUGGUCAGAUGACUGACAAGUCUAGAAAGAUCAAAGAGAUUGUUGAAGAGGAACUGGGGAAACUUGGCUUAAAGAAUGGCGCCAGUCUUCCUGUUGAUCAGAACAACAGGGCCACGAAACCUGUGAGGAUUAGAUUUAAUCACGUGAUGAAUUGGUCAAACCUGACGGCGGCCGUCACCAAGACAACUAGCUCCGCCCACCCACAGUACAUGGAGACGUACACGUACGGCACACAUGACGUGCAGUCGUUCGGGUACAUCGUGUACAGGAAAGUUCUAGAACACACGCCCCGGGGGAGGCUGGCACUGCCUGGGGUUGUCAGGGACCGGGCAACUGUCCUGGUCAACGGUGACCCCGUGGGUCAGGUCACGUGGGACAGCGAGGACCCGAGCGUGGAGCUGGACAAGACCGACCCAGACCAGGUGGACAGUGUCCUGGAUGUGGUGGUAGAGAACCUCGGCCGCGUCAACUACACCACCAAGGACAACCAGGCCAUGCUCAACUCGCAGAGAAAAGGAAUCAGCGGCGAGAUUCGACUGGACGGUACGGCACUCAGCAACUGGAAAGUUUUAGCUCUCGACUUUAACUCGGAGUUUACUAGCACCAUCCAAGAGUCCACGAGUUGGGAAGAUGUACUAGAGGCUGGUGUGGUCAAGGGUCCAGCUUUGUUCAAAGCGACAUUUUUUCUGGAGGAGCAGCCAAAAGAUUAUUUUAUUCAGACUGUCGGGUGGAAGAAAGGGAUCAUUUUAGUCAACGGGUUUAACAUAGGUCGCUAUUGGAGCGUGGGACCACAGAAGACUUUGUACGUGCCGGGUCCGCUGCUUAGGGCAGGGGAGAAUGUGGUGGUGGUGUUUGAGGAAGAUGGCGGCACAGGGGAGAUGACUCUAGGCACAGAACCUUGUCUCGGUUAACUCCGUCAUCACGCAACUAGAGUUAUGUACCUUUGUUUACUUGUGUGAAUAAAUGCCUUUAUUCUUUA